AUGAGUGAAGAACAACAAAACAAUAAUGCAAAUCAAUUGCCAAGCUUGGUUAAUUUGAGAUCGAAUAGAAAUGUCUCCCAGGUCGAUUUAAACUUUGCUUAAAGUACAUUACACAUAAGUAUAUCUUUUAGAAAGUAAAACAAUACAAUCAGAAAAUUGGGAAAUGCUGCAAAGGGUUAAGGAGAGUCUGGAGAGCAAGGCCUUUAGUAACUUUUUCACAAGUUCCUUGGCUAAAUUACCCAAUUUUAAAAGCCCUCAAGAAUUAGCCAAAGUUUUAGCUGAUUAAUUUAUAUAAAAUGAAAUCAAAAAGGGUAAGAAGAGAGAAGCCAAGUCCGCAAUCAAAAUCUAAGUGCCUCAACCACAAACAUCAGACAGUUUACCAGCUCUGAAAACUCCAUAAAUGAAGUUAGAUAAAAAUAAAUUCAAUACCAUUCGUUCAAAGAGUCGGGAUAAACUUAGAGAGCUUGAAAUGAUCAAAGAAUAAGAAAGAGAAAAGGAACAACAAAAUAAAGAGAACAACAAAACGAGUGAGAAGAUUUUAAAAUAAAAAAACAAAAUAUUUUCCAAAGAUACCUAGAGAUAAAAAGAAUAAGAUAAGUCAUUUGCUGAGCAACCUUCUCCCCCAGUUAAACUUCAAAAAUAUGUUCGACAUACCUUAUCAAUAGCAAAACUCUAAUCUCCAAUUCCUAUUGAAGCCAAUUAAUAACCACAACCAACCAUUUAUUCUUACUUUUUAGGUGGAGGAAAUAAUAGUGAAUUAAUAAAACGAGUGUUCGAUUACAGAUCAGAUUGGCAUUAGACUACUAAUAUUGCCAGAGCCAAUUUUAGAUGGUAACAAUCUAAUCAUGGAUACAAGUAUUUCAAAUUGAAUUGGCAUAAAUCUCACAAAGAAUUACUUAAUCAUUUUGAAUUCCAUCCAGAAAUUAGUAAUAAAAAGAAUUUAUUAGUGAAUGUAUCAGCAGCUUGUGAAGUACAAUUAUUUUGUUAUUUAGAUUCUUAAACUGAACCCUUUUGAUAUUAUGCCUGUAACCUUUGCUAUAGAUUUUACAGAUUCAUCAGUUGAAUGUAAUAUAUCUGCUUUUUAUAAUUUUUACAACAAAAAUGCUCCUGAAGCUAAGUAAUUAAAUAAAUAAGAUGCGUAAAACAAACUUAAUGAAAUCAAGAAAAAAUUGAGAAUAGCACCGAGCAAAGAGAAAAAAUAGUUGGAAUUUCAAAUGAGAGACACUUUUACUGGUCCAGAUUAUUUAUGGUUAUUGAAACCUACUGGAUUAAAUAGAGGACGAGGGAUUCAUGUGUUUUAGGAUAUUGACAAUGUUAUUGAUCUACUUAUUGAUUAUUAAUAUGGGUAUCAUGAGAAGUAAUUAGAAACAUAUAAGGAUGAGAAUGGAUAAACUUAAUAAAAGGUUGUUUAAUAUUUAUUGAAAACAUCGUCAUUUGUUGUUCAGAAAUAUAUUGAGAAACCUUUAUUAAUAAAAAACAGGAAAUUUGAUAUAAGAGUUUGGGUGUUUCUGAAUACCGAUCUGACUUGCUAUUUUUUUAAGUAUAUAGUGUGUUGCAUAUUUCAUUAGAGAAGGCUACAUAAGAAUGGCAUCGGAAGAAUACCGAACGAAUGACGUGGAGAACAUUUACAUUCAUCUAACAAAUAAUGCUAUUUAAUAACAUAGUGACAAGUAUGGACAACAAGAAUUAGGAAAUUAACUAUCAUUUGAUUAAGUUUCAGACUAUUUCAAAUCCAAAAUAGAUUUUAGAGGAUAGAUAGUCGAGAAGAUGAAAGAGAUGGCAUAUUUUGCAAUGAGAACUGUGGCAACAAAAAUCAAUAAGUUAAAUCGGAAAUUUUGUAUGGAGAUUUUUGGUUUUGAUUUCUUUUUGGAUGAACUCUUCAAUAUUUAUUUAAUAGAAGUUAAUACUAAUCCUUGUCUUGAAGAAUCCAGUCCUUUGUUAUAGAUGUUGAUACCAAGGAUGGUUGAUGAUGCCUUUGUGUUGACUGUUGAUCAGAUAUUCCCUAUUUAAAGAGAUGUUGCGUCGAAAUUCCCUGUUACUAACUACAGCGAUACUGAGAAUAUGUGGUAAUUAUUGGGUUAUAUCGAAUAGGCAAAUGAUGGGAGAGUUAACUGAAAUACAAGGAUGAAC